CAGCGCAGCGCUCCUGUCCAGCCCACAGAGGCUCGGAUGAGGAAGUGGCUCUAUGCCGAUACGUCCGCCGAAUAGGACCGCAGAUAAUAAAAAGUUUCCCCCUGGAGUCCCAGCAGCCAUGAAGCUUCGACUGCACUUUGUGGUGGACCCCAUGGGCUGGCUGUGCAUCAGCGUGGUGUUUGGGAUCUGGCUCUACAACACUUUAUUUAUCCCCAAGCUCGUUCUGCUUCCUCACUACCAUGAAGGACACAUCCCUUGGGCCAUAGUUGUUUGUUAUUACAUAGCAUCAGCACUCUGCAUAGCGGCCCUAAUCAGAGCUUCCACGGCGGAUCCCGGCCGUCUUCCUGUGGACCCCCACAUACCUCACUCAGAGCGAGAGCACUGGGAGUUGUGCAAUAAGUGCAACUUAAUGAGACCUAAAAGGUCGCACCACUGCAGUCGUUGUGGCCAUUGUGUACGCAGAAUGGACCACCACUGUCCUUGGAUCAAUAACUGUGUGGGAGAAGACAACCACUGGCUCUUCCUGCAGCUCUGUUUCUACACUCAGGUCCUCAGUUUGUUCACCCUGGUGCUGGACUUCUGCCAAUACUAUUACUUCCAGCCACUGACAGGACUUGACCAGGAGAAGUUUACAACACGCCAUGAACUGGCUCUUCUGCGAGUCUCGGCACUCAUGGGUUUGGUCAUGUUUGGUGGCAUGAGUAGCUUAUUUUACACUCAGAUGACUGGCGUCCUCUCUGAUACAACCACCAUCGAGAAAAUGGCUCAGUUCUCAAAUGAAAUAUUUGGCUCCAAGAGAUCUUGGCAGUGGGCGCUAGCUGAGGUUUGUGGCACUCGCUGGAAACUCCUGUGGUUCAUCCCGUUCCGAAGCAGGCAGCCGCUCCAGGCCAGCUACCACUUCCGCACCCACGUGUAGGCCGGCAGCACCGCCGUACCUCAGACCUGCACAGAUGACCCAGACUUGCAGUCAACAGGGUCAAGAAACACCUAAGGGAGUGACGGGAAAAAUGUUGCUUUUUUACUCACUGUGACUGCUACUUUCAGCAUUUGGAAACCACUUUUAAUGGCUAAUUGCAUCAGAAGGACGGAAGUCUUCGCUUGAAAGCAGCUGGCGAAAGAGACCCCUCUCAGGUUACUUUCAUAAAGAGCCUUCACUACUGACCUUUAAUCAACCACAGACAGAACAAGGGUAACUCCAGUUUGUCUUUUAGAAAGGCAACUUUUUGUAUAAAGUUUGUGCCUUGUUUCUUUGAACUGUGUGCUUUUUAUUUGUCAUGCAUGAGCAGCUUUUUUGUUUGUUUUUUGUGAAUAGUGAAGGGAUCUGGCAUCUGUCAACUGCACCUCUGCAACUGGUGAUCAUUUGAUGAUUCAUGAAUGUUUUCUUGUAUUGUUCUAUGAACAUUCUAUCUAUGAAGUGAUGUUUUAUGAAGCAUUGUCGCAGAACAAAGUCCAUUGACUACUGAUCUGGUUGACUUUUAUAACAAAUGAUCAGCCGGACAUGGAGAUGUGUAAUAAAAAGCGGACAGUUAAUACUUAACCAUGCCAUGGCAAUCUCCAAAAUAGAAACAAGUUUAUAUGAUCAGUGUUAGGCUGUAGAUGUCUUAGUCAAACCUGCUGUAUAAUCAGGUAGCUUCUCUGAGUGUAACAAACAUUCCACACAUCAUGACCUGUUGUGAAAUCCCUUUUGAAGGGGUCUGAGUGUCGCAUACUAUCAUCCAAAAUCUUGCUGUAUAUUUUCAAAGAUUAUUUAGACAUUUUAGAAAACACAAGACAAGAAGUUAGACAAGAAGAUUCAUACCACUUUCGUAUCUGUACGUUAAAUAUGAAGCUAAUGCCAGCAGGUGGGUAUCUUAGCUUAGCAUAAAGACAUAAACAUCAGCCUGUCUUUUUUAUGCUUCAGUUUUUGUACAGAUUAAACGGUCAAGGUAUAACAUGUUAAUGAGUUGUUGGUAGUUGGAUUUGUUACUUUUGGACAGAGCAAGGCUAGCUGCUUCCUUUUCUAUCCAGUCUUUAUGCUAAGCUAGGCUAACCGGCCGCUGACUGCAAUUUUAUAUUUACCGUACAGCAGGAAGUGAGUGUGGUAUCAGUCUUCUCGUCUAACUCUCGGCAAGAAGCCAAACAAGCAUGUUUCCCAAAACAUUUAACCAUUCUUUUCAUCAGUCUGGGUGGCUUAAGGCUGCUCUGUCAGCCAUAGCACUUACAAUGCACUGGUCUUUCAUUUUAUCACCCCAAUAUAAUUUCAUUAAUUUAGUGCUACAGCUGUUAUACAUUAGUUUUGACCAAGUGGCUUUAUAAAUGCACAUCUUUAUACAAAAACUAGCAGACUGGUCUGCGUGUGGUGGCGUACAGCUAGUUAACACUUGACACAACAUUGACUAUUUAUGGUGGUUUUGCUGUAACACUAUGGUACUGUUUAGCAAUUUUAUUGAAGUCCUUAACAGGAUACUUAAGGAUAAGAUGAUUCAGUGCAUAAUAAUAAUACUAGCAUAGGGUGGUUGUCAUUGUCUGUAACACUUGGCAAUCCCAUAACUAAACCUGUAAGUUAACAAAGCUUGCUAUGUGUGGGAAUACCAUAUUAAUAUCCAAGUAGUUUUAAGUGCCUUUCAAGGUCUUCUCUUUACUCUCACAGUAUGUCACCAUCGUGUUGGUCUCCAUAAAAGCCAAAGACCAGGGGAAAUGUUGCAAUAGUCAGCAAGCAUUCAGUAGAUGCAUGUUUCACCAAAUUUCUGAAGGUAGCGGUUCAGUUUUAUGCACUGAUUUUCACAUUAGCACACACUGUUUUACUGCAUCGGUGGUACUCUUGAAAGAAAGUCUCAACUUGAAGUUGUGUUUGAUGUGUAUCCUUUUUAUUGUUUUAUUCAUAUCUUAAAUCCUGUUGUUGGCAUUUGCAUGAGUGUGUGUGAUAAAUUUGCUCAGUGGUUUUUAUAACUCAAGAUUCAGGUUCUUGGAUGUUUGUGUGAAUAAGUAUUAUAUAUAUUUCUGUUUUGUUUUGUUGGUGGUGGGAUAAUGGGUUUGGCAACUGUGUGUGAUUAGUAUUGAAGAAGGGGAUACUGAAAGAUUAUGUUCACUUUUUUUUUCUACAAAUGAUUUUUGAAAGCAAUAAGCAUUGUAUAUCCGUAAAGCCAUUCUUAUUGAAACAACAGAAAAUCUGCUAUGUAUUGUGAUGCAUAUAAACUGUUUGGAUGACUUUCACUACUCACAAACCUUUAAACAUUUGUCAAUACUUCAGUAAUCUCAGCCACGAUAGACUGCUGUAGCUGCUGUGUAUAGUUUUACAGAAUAUGUCAACAUGUCAUCUUCAACACCUCAUAUUGUUUGGAACAGAAUAACAGAAGGGCUGGAGCUCAUUUGAUUUGAAUCAAGAGCUGCCAGAGACGAGAGGUGCAAGCCGUCAUCUGGUGUCCCCCAGGGCUCUCAGUUUGGAUCUGUGCAGUUUUGUUCACAUUGUUCAUUUCCUGUUUUUUUUUUUUUUUCAAGCUUUACUGUUUAUUCAGACCUCAAACAGUGGAACAGUUAUGUUUUGUGAAUAACAUGAAUACACCAUAAAUAUCCAUUUCUUUAUGCCUUCAAAGCCUAUGAACAAUUAUCAGUUGAUCUGUAUUAAAUGUGAUUAUAGAAAAUAUCAUGAAGGUAUUCAUAAUCUAAUAAAUUAGAUUCU